AUGGCAAGACUGUCCAAACACAAGCUCAGGGCCGCCGUGUUGCUCGGGCUCGCCGCGGUCGAGGUCGUGUACGUGGUCGCGGCCGCGUGGAACGCGUACCGCGCCGGGCUCGGCGGCGGCUGGGGCGGCGGCUGGGGCGGAGGAGCCGGCGGAGAAGCCGGCGGGAGCCGGAAGGGGGGACGGGUCACGUGGAUGUCGCGCGGCGCGGCGGCGGCGUUACCCGGCCUGCGGGCGGGCGGGCACGUGACCUUGCCGGCGCGCGAGCUGGCCCGCAUCAUGGGCCGAGCUGCGGCCGCCGGAGCGGCGGCCGCCGGCCCCGACGGCAGCAGCCGCGAGCUCGAGGCGCUCGCGGCGCUGUACGCGCAGUGGCGCCUGAACACGACGCUGGACGACGUGGUGCCGUGUCGCGCACGUGACACGCUUGUGCCGCGCAUCCGGCGGCGCGUCGAGAGCGUCGAGGAGCUGCUGGGCGCGCCGGAGGACCCGCCGGGGGACCCGCUGGGGGACCCGCCGCUUCGCAUCUACAACAGCGACCCCAGACUCGCGGGGACCGUGUACUACGACCACAUCGCGGACGCGCUCUCACAGGCGGCAGCAAACGCAGACAACGUGACCGCGGCCGCGGCGGAACUCGCCGCGCUGCGCGUGCCCUUCAGCUGGUACGACUGGGCCGACUGUUCCAUGCUGACGGGGCUCAUCGAUCUGCCCCAGGACCAAAAACCCAACUGCGACUUCGCCGUGCGCAGGUACUUCCCGACAAACCAACUCCUCGAGUACGAGCGUCAAGUCGGCUACCGCUUGUUCGGCGAGGACCGGAUGCGCGGGCUGGUGGGCGGCGGCCGCCGCCAGCCGGCCAACGACGAAAAAGACCAGUAUUGCCGCGACGAGCGCGCAAAUCCGUUUUUGCCCGGGUUCGCCUUCGUAAACGUGGUUCCAGACGCGCGGCCCGAGGUCUACGGCCUGCAAGCACGCACCCACAUGCUUCUAGGACUCGAGUUGCCGAUCUCACUGACUUUCUUGCGGCGCAACGGCCGAUACCUGCGCGUCCCCGUUGCAAACCCUGCCAACGACGCUGCAAACUACGCCGCGGGCCGCGAGAUGCCCCACAAUGUGCUCUUCAACGGUCUGCUCAAGUCCCACCUGGACCGGCACCGGGUGUCUCUCGAGCAAUUGCUCAAGUCCGAUUUCGUUUUCGACGACCGAAAGGCUCAUCGCCAACUCCACAGCGUGCUUUCGCAAGAUUCUUUGCAACAGGCAGCCCUUGGCGGCGGCCUUGUCCUCACGCCACCUGCGGGCUCAGCUCUGGACAGCGAGACCGGGUUGCGCGAGCUGGAACAUUCGGACUUUGAAUUCAACGCGCGCCAACGGUUGCAGCAACUCCAAACCGCCCCGUCCCUUUCACCCCACCAGCAACACUACAUGCAUAGCCUUCAAUAUUCUCUCAACACGCAUCCGGCGUUGUUCCCGAAAUUUUUCCGCGAAGCGUCCGAGGUCGUCGAUUACGUGCACUUGGGUCACCAUUUCGAUGCCCGGUUUUUCCGUGGCGCUUUGGACUACGAGGAACUGCGGGCCCGCCUGGACGCGCUCGUCAAGGCUUGGCUCGGGUUCGCGCACUCCAGCGGUGUCGCCACUUGGCUCGCACACGGGACCCUUUACGGCUGGCUCUACAAUGGACAGGCUUUCCCCUGGGAUGCAGAUCACGACGUCCAAAUGCCGAUAUCCCAUCUGCAUUAUCUGGCCGAAAACUUCAAUCAAACCUUAAUUGUCGAGGACCCGGAAUUCGGUCGCGGUCGCUAUUUCCUUGACGUCACCAGUUCUAUCACAAAUCGCAUCAACGGCAAUGGACGCAACAACAUCGACGCUCGCUUCAUCGACGUGGAUUCGGGCCUUUAUGUCGACAUAACUGCGCUUUCCGUAUCAUCGGACGGCGUCAAAGACCAUCUGAACGCAGUGGCCAAAGAUUUUGAAGAGCAAAGAUCUGCCUUCACUUUUUAUGAAGAUCCAAACUUGGUUGCAGGUGUAAAUGAUUUGGAACUUGAUCCCUUACUCGAACAAUUGCGCGAUCAAAACGCGCUCACGGCGAAUCUCGAACAAGAACUUCGUCAAUACGCCAAUGGUGUCCGCGAAAAGGCUACGGAUUUUCAGCAUUUGAGAGCCGCAGAUCGAUACAACAUUAACAAACACAUCGGCGCUUUCAAUUGUAGAAACGAUCACUUCUACACCUUCGGAGAGCUCUCCCCGCUUCGAUUGACUUAUUUUCACGGGGUUCCUGCCUUCGUUCCCAACACGAUUAUAGACGUUUUGCGAAGAGAAUAUGCUUUACCAGAAGCGUUCCAGUUUAUGGAAUACGCAGAUAAUUUGUUUAUGCCUGAAUUCCGGGUUUGGAUCAAGAAGGAAGCGGUCGAGAAGGCGGCAAGGGCCGAAUUCGCGGGCUCAUACAAGGACAAAACCCCCGUUAAAGUCAACACAGACUGUCUCUCGAAACUCCAGAGCACGGAGGCUCGGAGCCUGCUCACCAAUCUUGCUCUGGCGCCCGAUUCAGAUGCUGCCUAUGCAUUUAGAUACAUCUCAAACAGUUUCCAAACAGCAGUAUUGCGAUACAAAGAGCUGGAGAUAAUGACCGACAAAGAUUUGACGUAUGAUCAAAAACUGCGCAAUACGCAAGAACUUUUGCGUAACAGAACAUUGCCUGCCAUUCAAAAGGACGUUUUCCAAUCCAAGUUGGAAAAUGUUGUAUGGUCUAAUUUGCUGGAUCGCACUGCGAUCUCAUACAAAAAAAUCGUCGAAAAACUCGAGGGUGUUCAUCUCCAACACGCAAAUGCUCUAUGGGACCUUAAUGUAAAACUAGCCGAGGGCAAUUACGACUGGCAUACACAUGCCGGACACCAAGAUCCGCCUAGUAAUUCCAGUUUCGCUGAAAUUGGACAUCAAUUUUUCAAAUUGGGUGAACAGCGGUCUAACAGCAUUUUCAAUGACACUCUACAUGAUGUCUGA